UCUGACAGCUAGGUGUUUACAUUCUAUUUAAAGCUUCCCUUCAUUGUUAUUCGCAUCAUAAAACAAAUUUAUUCAUACAAAUUAUUAGUGAAUAAUCUCUAAAAUAAUGGAAGACUGUGUCGAAAUCAAUUCCUCCGACGAUGAUGGAAGCCGGGAACCGGAACGUAUCGGUAUCUCAUCGGCGUCCUGUUCGCCGUUACCGCACGCCGAACGCUCCAACACACCGGUGUCGGCCAAUCUGCGUCACUCGAACCAGCAGAUAUCGUUCGCCCAGCGAACCACCCGACGGACCGAGAACGGACAGCUGAAAAAGCUGGAAACGGACCCCAAGUUCCUGGCCAACUUCAACCCGAACACAUCGCGGCGCGAGAAGCGAAAACUAAAUCGUAAAUCGACACCGCUGGUGGUGCCCAAGGCCACCGGGAUUUACAAUGAGAGGGGAGUACACCGAGAGAGCGGCAGGGACAUGUGCGAUUGCUUGGACAUGAGUUGCCCCGGGUGCCACUUUCCGUGCCAGUGCUGCGGAAGUGCCAAGUGUGGGCCGCACUGCAGGGUAACUCGCAAAUGGAUGUACGAAAGUAUCGAGCACGAUGCCAAGGAUCUGGUUAUAAGGAACAAGCUGCUGAUAAAAAAGUAAUUACUAGUAUUUUAAUUUAAGACAAAUAAAUAUUCUAAUAGACAUGA